GAUAUUAAGAUAAUGCAAAAUUUUCUAGAACAAGGACGAGUUACUACAAAAAUGUACUCAACUUCAAUAUUCACAAUCCUGAUUUUAUGCCUCUUAACUCCUGCAUUUCCAAAACUUUUGGAUAUUGUGCAGCCACUUAAUACUUCGAGAGAUUUGAUAUUUUUAUAUCAAACUGAAUACUUUGUUGAUCAGCAUACAUAUUAUGUUCCAAUUUUACUGCAUGCUUUCCUGACUGUUCCUGUGUCUGUAGCAAUCAUCGUCUAUUAUGAUAAUGUACUUGCGACAUACAUCCAUUACACCUGCGGAAUAUUUACAAUUAUUGGAAUUAUACCAUGCAAAUGAAUAAGCUAAAUCAGCAAUCUACAUGAAAAAAAUUAUGUAGCAUACUUAGUUAUACCUGAUAAAUUUUUUUUAAAC